AUGGGCAGCGGUCCGUCCCAAGCCGAUUCCGGAGACUCCGGGGUCUGCUGCUGUAAGAAUACAUCCCCUCGCGGGGAAAUCUCCGAGCCCAGCGUUCUCCCCAAGUCAGCCGUGGAGAUUCUGGAACAUGGCCUUAACAUGCACCGGCUCUCACAGGCAGCGGCCACAGCUGGAAACACUGUGCAAAAUGCGGCCGGCGCCUUGGUCGAAGCUCUGGAGGACGACGACAAGAGCUCCGAAACAGGCGGCCAGGGCUUCUUCGGCAAAUCGCCUGCUCCAGAAGGAUACGCAGGACACAUCUGGGUGCAGCUCGAGUCUUAUGCCCAUCACAGCCACAUAACAGUGAAGCUGGUGGGCCUAUGCAUCGCUGUCGGGCUGAUUGUGACCUCGGUUCUCGGGAUGCUGGGCGUUUGGAGUUCCAAGUUCCAGGUGUUUGAGUACGUCCACUCGCUCUGGAAUAUCCCCUUUGGGUUCAUGAUGAUCAUCAUGGAUGCAACGCCCACUUGGCUCGGAAAAAAAGCCUGCUGGCAGACAGAGCUCUGGAAGAAGGCCCCGAUCCUGGCGCGAGCUCGGGGCCGGGCAUUGACGCACUUCUAUGUCGGCACAAUAAACUUGGCCAUGUUCACCGCAGACGAGUCCUUCCUCUGGAUGCUCAUCCAUAUUUGCAUGGGCGGUUCCCUGUGUGCCUGCGGCCUUCUCAUGCUUUUCCAUCACCACUGCUACCAGUGCCGGAGAAAGCGCCACACGAACGCCAACAUGAACGGGACAGCAGCCGUUCAGAAUGCACACAAAGCGCUGGAGGUCUUGCGAGAGGAGGCGGUGGAGGUCCGCGCCUACAUUGCGGCCAACCAUUGUAGCGUCCGCAUCUUUUGCUUCUUGGUCGCCUUGGCGCUCGUCGCCUCCUCCAUACUGGGCAUGCUCAACAUCUUCAGCUUGCUUCUCAAUCCGUUUCAGUACCUCAUCGGUGUGUAUAACUUCUUCUUUGCGCUGGCCAUCGUCGUGCUGGAUGGCGAGUCCGCAUGGUUCCGACAUUGCUGUGACUGUCGAUCCAGGCUGUUCCAGAGCAUUCCAUUUCUGGCCACGCAGCCUGGACGUGCACUCCUUCACUUCUAUGUGGGCACCAUCAACAUCGCCAUGCUCCCUGGAGGGAUCUUGGACAUCGUUUUUGUUGCCGUGGGCGGCUCGCUGGUGGUUUGUUCCUUUCUGAUGCUGCUUCAUCACAACUAUUGUCACAAGGUUCCUGACUGGCCGUUUGGCCACAGGACUUAA